GUGACACAUCGCCAUAGGCGCAGUAGCCAAUCAGCAGUUGGGAGCCCGGAAAGGAGCGGGGCCGAGUUAGAAGCUGGUGGCGCGGCUGGAGGGUGAGUCGCGCGGUGGGUGAGGUUUUGGUAUGAACAGGAUUCGGAUUCACGUCUUGCCGACCAAUCGGGGGAGAAUCACCCCAGUGCCCAGGUCUCAGGAGCCUCUGUCUUGUUCAUUCACUCAUCGCCCAUGCUCCCAACCUCGUCUGGAGGGGCAAGAGUUUUGCAUUAAGCAUAUCCUUGAGGACAAAAAUGCCCCCUUCAAGCAGUGUAGUUAUGUAUCGACGAAGAAUGGCAAAAGAUGUCCCAGUGCUGCCCCGAAGCCUGAGAAGAAAGAUGGGGUGUCCUUCUGUGCUGAACAUGCCCGUAGGAAUGCUCUGGCACUUCAUGCUCAAAUGAAGAAGACCAGUCCAGGGCCUAUGGGUGAAACACUCUUGUGCCAGCUGAGCUCAUAUGCUAAGACAGAGCUGGGAUCCCAGACUACAGAAAGUAGCCGCAGUGAAGCCAGCCGAAUUCUGGAUGAAGAGAGCUGGAGUGAUGGGGAGCAGGAACCCAUUACUGUGGAUCAGACAUGGCGAGGGGACCCUGACAGUGAAGCUGAUAGCAUAGACAGUGAUCAAGAAGAUCCCCUGAAACAUGCUGGUGUAUACACAGCAGAAGAAGUGGCCCUGAUUAUGCGUGAGAAGCUAAUCCGUUUGCAGUCUUUGUACAUUGAUCAGUUUAAACGACUUCAGCAUCUGCUCAAAGAGAAAAAGCGACGUUACUUACAUAAUCGCAAAGUGGAACAUGAAGCUCUAGGUAGUAGUCUUCUGACUGGCCCAGAGGGACUUUUGGCGAAAGAACGAGAGAACUUAAAGCGUUUAAAAUGUCUUAGGCGGUAUCGUCAGCGCUAUGGAGUGGAAGCCUUACUACAUAGGCAACUAAAGGAACGCAGAAUGUUGGCCACAGAUAGUGCUGCCCAACAGGCCCAUACCACUCGUUCCAGUCAGAGGUGCUUGGCCUUCGUGGAUGAUGUUCGUUGUUCCAAUCAAUCUCUUCCAAUGACCAGACAUUGUCUUACUCAUAUUUGUCAGGACACAAAUCAGGUUCUCUUCAAAUGCUGCCAGGGGUCUGAAGAGGUACCCUGCAACAAACCAGUUCCUGUAAGCCUCUCUGAGGAUCCCUGCUGCCCACUGCAUUUCCAGUUGCCUCCUCAGAUGUAUAAGCCCGAGCAGGUACUGUCUGUGCCAGACGAUCUGGAAGCCGGCCCCAUGGAUCUGUACUUGAGUGCUGCUGAGCUUCAGCCCACUGAGAGUUUACCUCUGGAGUUCAGUGAUGACUUGGAUGUUGUGGGUGAUGGUAUGCAGUGCCCUCCUUCACCCUUGCUUUUUGAUCCUUCACUAACCCUUGAAGAUUGUUCGGUCAAAGAAAUCGCUGAAGGCCCAGUGGAUAUUUUGGGCCAGAUGCAGAUGGCUGGAGAUGGGUGCAGAUCACAGGGACCUCGAAAUUCUGAGAAAGUCUGUGCAUCAUUGCCUCAAAGUGGAGUGGCUACUGCAAAUGGGAAGCCAGAACCCAGUUCUUUCAGUUGAUAGUUUGUUUUGGGAAACAUUUGACUUUGGAGGAUUUGAAUUUCCCAUUCUUUAACCAAAUAUUUCUAACCAUCUCUCACUAAAGGACAACCCAGACUACCUUACCUUGUUUUUCUUCUGGGUUAUUGAGUGUUGUAGUCCAACAUAAGCCAAAUUUUUGGGGAAGGGACCAGUAGUGUCUAAAAGUUGGGGGUGUUUUCGUACUCUAGGCAAGGAUGAGAGAGAUUGUGAUUCUUGUCAGAGCUACUGCGAUUGGGGGAGUUUUGGGGCUGUGCCUAAGGGGAGAGACAUCUAUCUAACAGCCUGUGUUUUAGCCUUUCCUCACUUCUCACCUGAUUGGGCAAUCGGAACCCCCUCUUCCUAAUGACCUCUGAUCUGUAACAUCUGAAAAAAUAGCCCACAGGACUGGGCCUUCCUUAUCCAUCCAUCUUGCUUGUAACUAUGUAAAUUUCUGUAGUGGCUGUCUUCUGUAAGAUUCAGCAAAAUUACUGUAUAUAGUUUCUAUUAAAUGUUAAAAUGUUAUGAAAAUGUAAA